AUGACAGAGACUUUCUCUGCCAUAGAUCCCUUUCGGCGACUUCCGGUCGAGCUCAUCUUUCAGAUUUUUGAGGAUACGGCUGAUUUUGUCGGUGUGGAAAGCUUGAUAUCGGUCUCCCGACCAGCCAGGGCAGCCUUCUAUGCAGACCCCCAAGCGAUAAUGCAGGCUAUUUUAAUAUCCAACCCUAUUACUUUACAGCCCGAACUCAGAUCGCUGGUCUCCAACAUCGCUAUCCUUCACAACCCAUCAAGCCAUUGCUCUACCCUGGACGAUUAUGAGAAAGUCACUGCUCUGAAUGAUAAGCUUUAUUCUUCACAAAGAUUCCAGAGCCCAGAGGUCGCUUGUCGCAUUCUUCACAUUGCCGCCCAGAUCCAGCGGCUAGGCUGUGUUUGCCUUUCAAAGCUGCAAAAGGAAUUCGCAUCUGCCGUGGGGAUCUCACCGCUUCUUGCACAACAAGCAAAUGAGCCCUUUUCGUGGAUAGAAGAAUAUCGUAUGUAUUGGGCACUGUGGCAUCUUCGAUGUUACUCAGACCUACGCAAAUCUGUGGACAAACGAUUCUCAUCCUUUUACAACACUGGAAAUCCCCCGGAUAAUGCAAGAUGGAGUUGGCCGAGUGAAUCAAUCCAGGCCCUUGACUUGUAUCCCACGUCAGAUGAUAUCCACGAGUUCAGGAAAGAGGUGAUUUGGACCGUUGCUGUUGCACUCGAGGAUUUGAAAACCUGUUCACCUUCAGCACUUCCGGGAGAUGUUCUACAACCAGAGUAUAAAUCCACUCUUUCUUGGGAUCUACACCCGAAUACACCCAUCCCGUUCUUUUCCUCAUUCAAACUUCCUCAAACCGUUGAGACUCAAUAUCCAAUCUGGAGUCCACCGCCAGUGCCUGCUAAAAACCCAGUGACAACCCCUUGGCGUUUGCUUCCAACAUAUUGCACAAAUCCCACAGGACAGACGGCGUUGUUUAGAUCUCUCCGCUUCCAGGUCAUGCGAAGAGGACCAGACAGACGUGCAAUGAAUGAUGUCCUGCGCUAUCGCCGAUGCGGUGUGCUUCUUUGGGAUAAGUGGCGGAUGUUUUCGACUGGGUUGAUUCCAAACAACUUUCGGGAAAGAGUGCCAGCUCCGGGUGGAAUGUUUAUCGAGGCUCGGAGCGAGGUUAGCCAGGGCAUGGGGGAUGUUCUACCUAUGUGGUUGGAAGUAGGGCGUGCAAAGCAAUAG